AACGGUUAACCGGACGGUCCGUGACGUCACGUUCUGGUUUCUCCUGCUCGGGCCUCAGUCUGGUGAGAAGAAGACGAAUAUCCCCGAUACGCCUCGUCUUUUUUCCCCACAGACCAGAAUCCGCUGGAUUAACGCACGAUUCCGAAAUGGGAAACUGUCAACCGACCAUCGUGCCCUAUGAGGACUUUGAUGUGGUAGCUGACAUCAAGGCCAUCCGCAAAGCCUGCAAAGGCUUUGGAACGGACGAGCAGGCCAUCAUUGACAUCCUGGCAAACCGCAGCUCGGAUCAACGUCAGGAAAUUAAAAGGGCCUAUUUUGAGAAGUACGAUGAUGAACUGGUGGACGUGUUGAAGAGCGAGCUGUCGGGGAACUUCGAGAAGGCCAUUCUGGCCAUGCUGGACCCGCCCGUCAUCUACGCCGUGAAGGAGCUGAGGAAGGCCAUGAAGGGGCCGGGCACCGACGAAGACGUGCUGGUGGAGAUCCUCUGCACCGCCACCAACGCUGACGUCGCCCUGUUCAAGGAAUGCUACUUCCAGGUGCACGAGCGUGAUCUGGAGGCAGACAUCGAGGGCGAUACGAGCGGGGACGUGAGGAACCUGCUCACAGCUCUUCUGCAGGGCGUCCGAGACGAGAGCUACGAGGUGGACGAGGAUCUGGCUGAGCAGGAUGCCACCGCCCUGUUCGAGGCGGGCGAGGGCUGUUUUGGCACCGACGAGUCCACCUUCAGCCACAUCCUGGCCUCCAGGAAUUACCUACAGCUGCAGGCCACGUUCAAGAUUUAUGAGCAGCUGUCUGGAACCGAGAUCCUGGAUGCCAUCGAGAACGAGACGUCGGGGACCCUGAAAAAGUGCUACACCGCUCUCGUGCGAGUUGCUAAGAACCCUCAGCUCUACUUCGCCAGACGCCUGAACGACGCCAUGAAGGGAGCCGGCACCGACGAGGACACCCUCAUACGCAUCAUAGUGUGUCGCUCUGAGUUUGACUUAGAGACCAUCAAAGACAUGUACCUGGAGAAGUACGACGUGUCUCUGAAGGACGCCCUGAAGGACGAGUGCAGCGGCGACUUCAAGCGCCUCCUCCUGUCUGUCUGUCACUGAAGCGAGCCGACGCUCCACAUCCUGGAGGGAGAAGGAGACGAGGGUGGAGGCGAUGAACCCAUUAACCCUGUCUGUACUGUUAACUCAGACAUUUAACUGAAUUCUAUAAUAUGAGACUAAUUCGUCUGUGAGUCUGUGUCUGUCUGUUACUGCCCAUUUCUUAGUAGAUUUAUAACUCCAGUUCUUAAUAUUCAAACCUUUACCAGCAUUUAUAACAUAACGAGUAAUGUUUAAAUGGAAGUAAGCGCCAGAUUUGAUGGUUAACACACGUAGUAGCACGGCUUUAAGUUCAUUCUUGCUGCUGCACUGACUUAAUGAGAUACAUCCUAAUUUACUUGCUACAUGUUAAAUCACUAUUUGUUUGCUUUCUCCAGGUUGUCGUUCACCCUCCACACCUCAAACUCAGUGACUGUUAAAACUAAUGCAAUCACACACUAUGGCUGUCAAAAGAAGAAAUGUGAACGUUUGUCAGGAAGGAAUAUGAGCUAAUGUCAUGAAGGAUAUGCAAAGUUAGGUGAAUGAAUCGUAUGUUUUCAAAACUAAUCCACUAAAGAGAUCAUAUAUUUUAUAAGGUUCUCAGUGAAAGACCAACUAUUUUGAUUUAAAUAUGUUGCAUCUUUAUUCUGUACUAGAAAAACUUAUGCAUGCGCUAACGCAGACCUCCUUAUAUAUAGAUAUAUUUAUAUUUUUUAUUUUACGACUAACACGUUUGUUUUUCGUCUGCAGUUUAAGGCCAGUGGGUAUUUAUCAAGAAACCAGAUACUGAAAGUGCAACAUCUGCACACUCUGAUGUCUCCACAUGUGGGUCUCCACGAGGCAGCUGUGAUUUCAGGAAACCACCACUUUUGUAAACAUUUUGCAGCAGGUGAAAUGUAGAACAUGUCUGACAGCAGCUUAGGGCAUCAGUUUUGUUGUUGGACAGCAUUGUGCCUCUUUGUAGCCAAAGAAGUUUAGUCUAACUCCAAAUAAAGGUCCAUGUUGUCACUG